CUUCGUCAUUCGCUCGCGAGAUCAAAACAAGAUUCAAUAUUUUGAAAUUGCGUUGAAAAGUGAUUUUGCAGAAUGUCGCAAAUAUCUUCAAAUUUAUUGAAAACUACGCUUCAAAAUGGCAAAUUUAGCCCGGUUAAGGUCCACACGACAUGUAAACACACGGCGGCAGCGACGGCCAGCCAGCCCCUGCAGAAGAUUCGCGAGCGGCUCGAAAGUGGCCCCGGUUUCCAGGAGUUCGUGCAGAACCCGUCGUACAACCGGGAAGACUGGAGCGCCUACGAGGGCAAGUUGAAGCGGGAAAAGGGCGAGCAGGACCGGCUGCGGUUGCCGCCGUGGCUUAAAACGAAGAUCCCAAUGGGAAAGAACUUUAGCCGAAUCAAGGACCAGCUGCGCGAGCUUAAGCUGGCCACCGUCUGCGAGGAGGCCAAGUGUCCGAACAUUGGCGAGUGUUGGGGCGGCGGAGAGCAUGGCACUCAGACGGCGACGAUUAUGCUAAUGGGCGACACGUGCACCCGCGGAUGUCGCUUUUGCAGCGUCAAAACCGCCCGCGCUCCUCCCCCGCUGGAUCCGGACGAGCCAAAGAAAACCGCCAGCGCCAUCGCAUCCUGGGGGCUGGACUACAUCGUACUAACAUCCGUAGACCGGGACGACUUGCCCGACGGAGGCUCAAAUCACAUCGCCGAGACCAUUCGCGAAAUCAAGCGCCAGAAUCCGCGCAUUUUCGUCGAAUGUCUGGCGCCGGACUUCCGGGGCAAUCUGGACUGCAUCCGGACGGUGGCCACGUCCGGGCUGGACGUUUACGCGCACAACAUCGAAACGGUGGAAUCGCUCACGCCGUUUGUGAGGGAUCGCCGCGCCGAGUACCGACAGAGCUUGAAGUGUUUGGCCAGCGUGAAGGAAAUCAACCCGAACAUGGUUACGAAGACGUCGAUUAUGCUGGGGUUGGGCGAAACGGACGAACAAGUUGAGCAGACGAUGAAGGAUCUGCGCGCCGUCGGAGUCGACUGCCUAACCCUGGGUCAGUACAUGCAACCGACGAAGCGCCACCUGAAGGUCAUCGAGUACGUGACGCCGGAAAAGUUUAAACACUGGGAGACCCGGGGCAACGAACUGGGCUUCCUAUACACGGCCAGUGGUCCCCUCGUGCGCAGUUCCUACAAAGCGGGCGAAUUUUUCAUCACGAGCAUUCUCAAGAAUCGUGCUGCCGCCGCCGCUGAAGAGGCUACGGCCACCAAGCCGAGCGAGUGAAAAGCGAGCACCGUCUAGAAAGGAGGUGUUGGUGUCGUUUUAAGGAAACGACAAAGCAAGAGAAAAAAAUGAUAUUCAUAUUUUUAGCCACCCAUGGGGGCGGAGAGCUUUUUUGUUGUUGAUGUGCACUUUUGCUUUCUUUGGGGGCGCGCAGCGCUGUUUUCGCAAGGAAGCAAACGUGUAAUUGUAUGUAAAUAAACGUUGAAAGUAAAUGUGAAUAAAGAAAAUGCGAUAAAAAGGCACAGCGCAAACCUGUA